AUGAACAUUCAGCGCGGCUCACGUCGGGCCCGCCAUGUUGCUGCCAACACGGCGGCGAACCAGGCCGCCCAGACCGAGCAGCAGCAACCACAGCCAGAUUCGCCGCCGGCCACGCAGGAGGAUAAUGGCCGUAGUCUCUUGCCGCCCACGCGGCCGCCGCAGACGCGCAAUAUGCACAGAACCCCGGAGCAGCGGCAACCGGAGAGCGACGACGAGCAUCAGAUGCCCACCGUGGCGCCCCGGCCGUGGUUCCACAUGCCGCGACAGUAUCUCGAGCCAAUUCCCAUCACACAGGGCGGCGCCCUUCUGCGACGGUCCAGCUCCCCGGUGCACGCGGAGUGGCCGGUCGCUCAGGUGGAAAACUACGAGGCCCUCAUGAACCGCCUGAGCCGCCUGGACCGUGAGGCUAGCAGCAUGUUCAGCCGCAUGCGGCAGCUCUCGGCGCGCGUGACCGAGCGGUCAGUCGGCUGGCGGGCGCGGUUCGGCGGCAGCGUUCAGAGGCGGCGAGAGCGCAGCGACGCCCCGCCGCCGUCACCCUCAUCGAACGAAGAACUGGAUGCGGGCAUUGACAUGGAGCCGGAUACAGAAACGGAAGGCGUCGAGGCUGACCAACAUGGCGAUGCAGCAACGCGGGGCACGACGACGCCGCGCCUCAGCAUGCCCUUGGGGUCCGACGCCUCGGACUCGGACCCGGAUCUCAGUGUGCUGGCCAUGGCUAGAGGCAGUGGUCGCACGGGCGCCGCACAGGGCCCAACGAGCGCGAAUACGUUGGAGGAGCAGGUGCUGCUGCAACAGCAGGCCGAGGCCAUGGCGUACGAGGACGAGGUCAUGUCUCAGGAGCAGUACGAAGCCGAGGAUACGAGCAUCGACGAACAGGUAGAAGAGGAGGAGGAAGAGCAAGAUGAGCAGGAGGUGCUUGUGGACCCAGCUUCAAUUGGACUCAAGGAGAUUUCCAAUCUCGGGAAGUUUACGGUCAGCAGCCACAAACCUGGACACGGCGUGCAGGAAUUGCGGAGUGACGAUUUAAAGCUUUACUGGCAAUCGGACGGCCCGCAGCCACACAAGCUCACGGUGUAUUUCGUCAAGCGCGUCGGGAUCCGGGUGAUUCGAUUCUUCGUCGACUAUCAGGAAGACGAGUCGUACACGCCGACCAAGAUCCUGUUCAGGUCAGGGACGAGCGAGAAUAACAUGAUUGAGUUUGCGACAAUGACCAUGGACAACCCCUACGGCUGGCAGGACGUGCCCAUCAGCGGGGCCGGGGGCGAGCCCGACGGCAACACGCUCGUGUCGUAUGUGCUGCAGAUGCAGAUUUUGGAGAACCACCAGAACGGCAAGGACACGCACCUGCGUGGCAUCAAGAUUUACGCCUUUGACCCGGACUCGGGCCAGCAGGCGGGCGGGCGGCGACAGCAGCAGAACGACGACGCUGAGGGCAUCGCGGCCAUGGUGGCGAGCAGCAAGCAGGCGGGUGACGGUGGUGGUGGCGGUGAGAGACUGAGCGACGUGGCAAGGAUAUUGGCGUCUUCGAGGGUGCAGGCGGGCGAGAGUGCGUUUUCGGCGGCUGAUUUCUUGAGAGAGCCGGAGCUGCGAUAG